AUGUCCUCACAAUUCCACUCCGCCUUCACGCCCCCUUUGCCCGCAACCGUGCGCAUCGCGCAAGUUGUUGGGGUGACGACCGCAAGCUUCCUCGCCGGCACUAUCGCAACAUAUAGCUACGCGUUCGUGCCGGCUGUCAGUCUCGCGCCCGCGCCGCUGCUCGCGCAGCAGUGGCAGAAGGCGUAUGGGAUUGGCGCGCUGACUGCGCCGCCGCUGGCACUGGUGGCGGCGAUCAGCUUCAGCUAUUUGGCUGGUCAAGCGGUCAAAUCCCCUGCAGCCUUCUCGGGCUCCGCGUCCCUUGAUCCCUCCGCCGCUGCCUACCUCUACACAGCCGCUGCCGUGCUCGUUCCGGCUAUCGUGCCGUAUACGCUGCUGGGCAUGAAGGCCGUCAACGGCGCGCUCCACGCUAAAGCGGACAAACUGCGGACGUCGAGCUUCGAUAAGCCGAGCACUGCGAGCGAGGAUAGGGAAGUCAAGGAGCUAAUUGGGAGAUGGAAGGUGCACAAUGCUGUCAGAGCGGUGCUGGCGGGGAUGGGCGCGGUUGCGGGGAUGGUGGCUGUGGUUUGGUAG